AUGGAUCAGCAGGAGGUUACGCUUCUUGUGCUUAUCGACCUAAGUGCCGCAUUUGAUACUAUCGACCAUGCUAUCUUACUGGAGACACUUGAAAAAGACUUUGGCGUAACUGGAAAUGCCCUCAAAUGGCUAACAUCUUAUUUAUCCGAGAGAAAACAAACAAUUUUAAUUAAAGACCAUGAAUCGGAAGUUUUCAAUCUUCAAUCGGGAGUUCCGCAGGGUAGCUGCCUUGGCCCUGUCCUCUUCAUACUCUAUGUGGCUGGGUUAUUUAAG